AGCGGCUGCGGACACACAGUAUCGAGUCGUCUGGGAAGCUGAAGAUCUCUCCGGAGCAGCACUGGGACUUCACAGCCGAAGACCUGAAGGAUCUUGGUGAGAUCGGCCGAGGAGCGUACGGCUCCGUCAACAAGAUGGUGCACAAACCCAGUGGACAAAUCAUGGCCGUCAAAAGGAUCCGGUCGACGGUUGACGAGCGAGAACAGAAGCAGCUACUGAUGGAUCUGGAUGUGGUCAUGAGGAGCAGCGACUGUCCCUACAUCGUCCAGUUUUACGGGGCUCUUUUCAGAGAGGGGGAUUGCUGGAUAUGCAUGGAGCUCAUGUCUAUCUCCUUCGACAAAUUCUACAAAUACGUUUAUUCCUCUUUAGACGAAGUGAUUCCAGAGGAGAUUUUAGGGAAAAUAACAUUAGUUACUGUGAAAGCACUUAACCACUUAAAAGAAAACUUGAAAAUUAUUCACAGAGACAUAAAGCCAUCAAAUAUCCUCCUGGACAGGAAAGGCAACAUUAAGCUGUGUGAUUUUGGCAUCAGCGGGCAGUUGGUCGACUCCAUCGCCAAAACCAGAGACGCAGGCUGCAGACCAUAUAUGGCACCGGAGAGGAUAGACCCCAGCGCUUCCAGACAGGGUUACGAUGUGCGCUCAGACGUCUGGAGUUUGGGAAUCACACUGUAUGAACUGGCCACAGGACGGUUCCCCUACCCGAAGUGGAACAGUGUGUUCGAUCAGCUGACGCAGGUGGUGAAGGGCGACCCGCCGCAGCUCAGCUGCUCAGAGGAGAGACAGUUCUCCCCCAAAUUCAUCAACUUUGUCAACUUGUGCCUUACAAAGGACGAGUCAAAAAGGCCAAAGUACAAAGAGCUUCUGAAACAUCCCUUCAUUCAGAUGUACGAGGAGCGUACGGUAGACGUGGCCAGCUAUGUCUGCAUGAUCCUGGAUCAGAUGCCCGCGUCUCCCAGCUCCCCCAUGUAUGUGGACUGACGCGUGGGUUUAAACACAGAACGGCAGUAUUAAAACACGAAACCGUACACGACCGAUGAGAAAUGAACCCAUGAGCUCAGCUUUUCUACAUCUAUACUAGUUGAAACAGCAUUUUCAGCACAAUUAACCUCAGAAAUCCCGUAUUUCUGAGUGAAUUAGAAUAUUCAUAG